AUGAGUGACACAGAAGGAGAAGGCCCUUCUACGCCAAAGAAAAUUAGAAAGGGUAAACAUAUCAAACAAAAAUAUCGACAGCAGUGGGAGAAUGAAGAAUUUUUCAAAGACUGGAUUGCUCCUGUUGAUGAUGAUCCGUAUAGAGCGAAGUGUACUAAGUGCGAUGUGAAAUUAUCAUGUGAACUUUCAACUCUGCGACGGCAUGUCACAAAUAGUAAGCAUAAAAACAGACAAAUGGCUGCACUUUCUACAAAAAGUUUAAGCUCUUACUACAAAUCACGUGAAAAGGACAAAGACGUCUUAGUUAUUGAGGCUGAAAUUAAACUUGCGGGAUUCGUGGCUGAACAUAAUAUAUCAUUUCUGGCAAUGGAUCAUUUGUCGGAUGUAUUGAAAUCUUGCUUCCCCGAUUCAAAAAUAGCGGCUGAUUUAGCUAUGAAAAGAGACAAAUGUACAGCAACUGUGAAAAAUGUGAUUGGUGAAAGUCAGAAAGUGUACUUAGAGAAUAUUUUGAAACACCAGAAAUUCAGUGUAAUGGCUGACGAGUCUACGGACAUUGCAUCCUGCAAAACAAUAUGCAUUGUUGUUAGGUAUUUUGAUAAAAAGUAUAAGAAAAUUAUAACAUGCUUAUGGCAAUUAGAGCCUCUGCACGCGAAAAGUGUUACAGGAGAAACGUCGUUACGAGGAUGUACUGUUGAAUCACUUUACUUAACCAUUAUUGAAACAUUCACUCAGCGUAAUGUGCCCUUAGAAAAUAUUAUCGGUUUCGCGUCAGACGGCUGUAAUGUGAUGAUGGGUGCUCAGAACUCAGUCGCCAGUCGAUUACGAUCUGCUUUACCUGGUAUACAAAUAAUAAAGUGCAUCUGUCAUUCCAUGCAUCUGUGCGCAAAUGAAGCAUGUAAAGAAAUACCACGACGUUGUGAAGAUUUGGCGCGAAAUGUGUAUGCAUUUUUCAAACAUAGUGCCAAAAGGCAAGCAGAGUAUGUUGAAUUUCAAAUUUUUAUGAAUACAAAAGUGCAUAAAUUGCUACACACAUCUCAAACGCGAUGGUUAUCGCUACUAUCUGUUGUAAAUAGAUUGUUAGAGCAAUGGGAUAGUUUGAAAUUAUUUUUUGAUGACUCAAUGAGUAUUUUCAAGGAUCGGAUGCCAGAUUGGUAG